UCACUGUAAUAAAAAUAAACUUUGAGUUUGAGAAGAUCUAACAGAACAAGUCAUCUGUGGAGUUCACAUGUGUCCAGAUAGGAGCAGUUUCCAGGCAGACAAAUACUACGAUAAUGACAAACUCCUUUUGUUACUUUGGAUAGCAAAGCACCGAAGCCACAUGAAGCAGAAACCCACUGCAGCCUUCACAGCCUGGGAAACCCUUAUGCUGCCACGUUUUGAGUCUGCCACUUUGCAAAGCUCUGCGACUCGGUUUAUUGCACACUAAAGGGACAUGAAUAGGCAGUGAGAAGAGCAGGCUGAUGCCAGAGCACGGGAUGGGUGUCUAUUUUCUGCUGCUCGUUGUAGGGCUUUGCUGGGGGCAGUACACCCCCAACACCCUCCCUGGGAGGACAUCUAUCGUACACCUCUUCGAAUGGCGCUGGGUGGAUAUCGCGCUGGAGUGCGAGCGCUAUUUAGCUCCCUAUGGAUUUGGAGGAGUUCAGAUUUCACCUCCAAAUGAAAAUGUUAUCAUUACUGACCCCAGGCAACCAUGGUGGGAAAGAUACCAGCCUGUCAGCUACAAGCUGUGCACUCGAUCUGGAAAUGAAACUGAAUUUAGAGACAUGGUGACCAGGUGCAACAACGUUGGAGUACAUAUUUAUGUGGAUGCAGUAAUCAACCAUAUGUGUGGAGCCAACGCUGGUGCUGGUGACCAUGCUACUUGUGGAAGCUACUUCAAUGCAAAGGCUGAAGAUUUUCCAGCUGUGCCCUAUUCUGGCUGGGACUUUAACGAUAAGAAAUGCAAAUCUAGAAGCGGAGACAUUGAGAAUUAUCAGGAUGUAUCUCAGGUGCGGGACUGCCGCUUGGUCAGCCUGCUGGACCUGGCCCUGGAGAAGGACUAUGUGCGCUCCAAAGUCGCCGAGUACAUGAACUACCUGAUUGAGAUCGGUGUGGCAGGCUUCCGCAUCGAUGCUGCCAAGCACAUGUGGCCUGAGGACCUGAAGGCAGUUAUAGACAAGCUGAAGGAUCUCAACACCAGAUGGUUUUCUGCAGGAACGAAGCCUUUCAUUUACCAGGAGGUGAUUGACUUGGGUGGAGAGCCAAUCAAAGGCAGUGAGUACUUUGGGAACGGUCGAGUGACAGAGUUCAAGUACGGGGCGAAGCUGGGGACGGUGAUCCGCAAGUGGAGCGGGGAGAAGAUGGCCUACUUAAAGAACUGGGGAGAAGGCUGGGGCUUCAUUCCCUCUGACAGAGCCCUGGUCUUUGUGGAUAACCACGACAACCAGCGAGGCCAUGGGGCUGGAGGAGCUUCCAUUCUAACCUUCUGGGAUGCCAGGCUUUACAAGAUGGCAGUUGGCUUCAUGCUUGCUCACCCUUAUGGGGUCACACGAGUGAUGUCGAGCUUCCGCUGGCCGAGAUACUUUGUAAACGGACAGGAUACCAACGACUGGGUUGGACCCCCAAGUAACUCGGACGGCUCAACCAAGCCUGUUACCAUCAACGCAGACACCACCUGUGGCAACGACUGGGUCUGUGAGCAUCGCUGGCGGCAGAUCAGGAACAUGGUUGUCUUCCGUAACGUGGUGGACGGCGAAGCCUUCUCCAACUGGUGGGACAAUGGCAGCAAUCAAGUAGCGUUUGGCCGUGGCAGUAAAGGCUUCAUCGUUUUUAAUAAUGAUGACUGGCCUUUGAAUGUGACUCUGCAGACUGGUCUGCCUGCUGGCACUUACUGCGAUGUCAUUUCUGGGCAAAAGGAAGAUGACUCUUGCACAGCACUUGAAGUUCACGUUGCUGCUGAUGGGAUGGCAACUUUUCUGAUUAGUGGCAAGGAUGAAGACUCCUUCAUUGCAAUUCAUGCUGAUGCUAAACUCUAACCAGAGCUGUGCACUCUACGUUUCUUCUGUAUUUUCGCUAACAGCAUGCAAGGUAAUCUGAUUGUUUUGGCUCUCCAGCAGCAAAUGCAUCAUAUAGGAGCAAAGUGCAUUAGCUUCUACAAAAUAAGAUAGUGAAUAGCUGCUAUACAGAGACAGGAGCUAGUGGUGCUAGUGCAGAUCUGGAAGAGGAGGUAUAUGCCUGCUGGCCUUUGUAAGUGUGUUUUGUUCAGUGGAAGUACAAAUGACAAAUGGAAGGAGAAAAUCAAAAUUACUUAAUUUUAAACUGUGUAAAUGCAGUUCACUUUGUGGGGAAUCUGGACUGAGAAUGAACACUGUGCCCAGAGCUCACCUUUUUGCUGAAAGAUGGUGCCAUGCAGCUUGCCACCCAAACUCCACUGGGCUGCAGAGUUAGGUACAGACCUUUCCCCAUUAUGUGAUUUCCCUGCGAGAGUCUCUCUGUCUAACCAGUAACAAGUGGCAAUCAAAUGGAGCAAUAACUCCUUUUCCCUUAAUGAAUUGGUUUGGGAUUUUAUCACAUCAUAAUGCAGUGGUAGGCUUUAAGGCUAUGCAGCAGAUCAUUUCUCACAUGACAGAAAUGUGGCAGAAAGUAGGAUCGAUGAACCCAACAGCUGAGUAAGUUAAACGGUAGUCUUUUCAAGGCCAAUAUUUAGAGACACAUUGGUAAUUCAGAGCAGCCUCGUUGUGGACAGUCAGCUAUGAACAGUGCAUGCAGCUGUGUCACAGGCACUCUUGUUCACCUUUCAUACCCUUCAAGCCACUGUUACAGCAGAGUGCAACAAAGCUGUUGUUCAUCUGAGCAAACUAAAUAGCAGCAAGGCAGACCACGGCGUUGUGACCAGCUUCUCUGACUUACUUACUUUUUGAUCCUUGAUGCUGGACACUUUUUCUGGCUUAGCAGAGGGAUAAAAAACAUACUAAAGCCACAAUACAAAUGUGAGUUACACUUAGUGAAAUGUAACAGUUGCACUGUAUAGCUUGGUCAUGGGAUGGACAUGAGCUCUGUUAGUGGUGUCUUUAAUAUGUGGGAGGGGGACUGGCAGCAGUCAAACCUGCUAUGACCAUAACAACUGAAUGAGGAACUACAACUGUGUGUGGGACUGGAAAAGGUAUAAAACCUCCAAGGUAACAGGGAAGAUUGGACCUCCCCCACUGAUUGACUCCUUCAGGAUUGGCAGGGCAUCACUUCAUCUUUGGUAGUAGCUAUCUCUCUUGCUUUUGCUAUCACUUGCUUUUAUCUCCUUUUUCCCCCUCUAUUUCUAGCUUUUCCCCCUGCAUAAGUAAGGAAAAUAAAAUUCCAGUGUUUUUCCCAA